CGCCAGGACCUUCCACUGGUGUCUCCCCCCGAUAACGCUUUUCCCUCGUAUCUUUCUCUCUUUCGCUCCGAUCAUCUUGCUCCUCGCAUCAUCGCCCACUGUUCUGAGUAGUCCCCUCUUCACUUCAUUUUCAGAGAGUCGUCGAGAAUUCUUCUGCAAAGUGUGAGAGGUAUAUCAUGUCAAGGGUUCGUGGCUGAAAUCCACAAGAUAUAUCACCGCACAAGGCUGUGCUAUUGAAAGCGCACAUGUCCUUCUUCACCCUCCAUUGAUCUUUACCCCAGAUCGGACUUGUUCUGUUGCAAAACACAACAUGGACUUCAUCAACACGACCAUCUCCGAAGCAGAUCUUACCCGUCUCCUGCCCACUUGCCAGCGAUGCCGUCGUCUACGAAGGAAGUGUGACACUAAUUUACCGGCUUGUCGGUUGUGUCAGAAGGGCAAGGUCGAAUGCACGUUCUUCGAUCAUGCCCUUCAGCAGACCCUACCUCGAAGCUACGUCCAUUCACUGUUGAAUCGGCUGAGCCGCCUGCGAUCAGUGCAAGCCACUGUCAACGGCACAAGCGAACCUCCGACUACCUUUCAUAUCGCCCAACAUGAAUGCAACACUUCCGCAGCAUCAACACACUUGGAGCCUCCUCUCCACGAAUGGGGCACAUAUACCAGUGACUUGUCCUUUGACAAACAUUUCAUUGUUGAAAAUGCCAAUCCAACCUGCUGGCAGUUCCUGGGCAGCAGCUCUCCUUAUGCCCUUAUCGUGGAAGUGCUCGUCCACGCUCAAGCAAAGCUCGGCUCCAUGGUCCACAAUCCUGAGUAUGUCGGACCUGAAUUCUGGCUGAACGCCCAAAGCACGGAGGUUCAAGAACCCUUGCAGCCAAGGUCAGCUCCUGCACGCUCCGAGGUCGAGAUGCUGGUCAACUUGUACAUGUCAACGACAAAUAUACUGGUGGCCUUCUUCGAUCCCGAAGAGAUUGCAUUGGAAAUCGACACGUAUCUGCGCCAUCAUGGACCACAGAUCAAAUAUCUUACUGGAAAAGAUGCAUACCAAUUCUUCCACAUUGCUAUGAUUUGCGCCAUUGCUUCUGCCAACAAAGGCAGACAUCAUUCAGCGUACGACACUGAGUGUAUGGCGUACUACACCGAAGCGCUGCAAUGCGUCGAGGAGGUCACCUCAGACGUGUCUGUAGAGGCACUUCAAGCGCUGUUGCUACUCACAGUUUUCGGGCUCUUCCAUCCGAGAAAAGGUGAUAUUUGGAAAUUGCUGGACUUUGCUUGUCGUCUUAGUGUAGAGCUAAGCUAUCACACCGAGACCAACGACGAUUAUGAAGACCAAAAGAGCAAGAAGAAGCGCCGUUCCAUCUUUUGGGGCUUGUACUGCAUCGAGCGGACAAUGGGUCAACACCUCGGUCGACCAUCCGAUCUCACAGAAGAGAUUAUCACGGCCGAGUAUCCAGCCUCAAUCGCCGAUUCAAGUCUUGCGGACCCAUCAUCACUCCAAGUCAUUCUCACAUCGCACUACUACCGGCUCACGUAUUUGCGCUCUGAGAUCUUUCGGGAAUUGUACUUGCCGGCAGUGGCACCAAAUUUAUCUCGCAUGUGGUACGAACGAAGCCUUGAACAGAUAUUAUCAUGGCGGCGGGAAUUGCAGUUCCUCGAUACCGCUCUUGGUAUGGGCAGCAUGACUUGCGAGAUUGGCUUCGAUACGUCCAUUCUUUUCCUUUUUCAGCCACUGUUACUGCGGGCACUAGUUGCGACAAAAGAGCCCAUGCUGAGUCAAACCACCACCGAGAGCAUUCCCCGUGAAAGCUAUCAUUCUGCUGUCAAAAUCAUUGAGUACUAUAACAAAAUUCUGCGGGGAGCCGAGGGCACACCCUGGGGGAUGUAUCCGAUCUCCAUCAUCUCAGCACAUUACAUCCAUCAAGCCACAAUUACUAUAUUGGCUCAUUGCUUGUUAGCCAUUGACGGAAGGCUUCCUGUCGUCAGCUUUUCGAGCGAGUUGAGCGGUGAUGCAGAAGGGCCGGUCGACUUUAACGGGAUUCAUGAGAUCUCAGGCACUUGCUUGAUCUUGCUGAACACCUUGUCGAAAAGAUGGGCAGGAAUGGUGGGGAUUCUCGAUAUCUACAAGAAUCUCCAGGCCAAAGUACUGCCAAUCAUGAUGCGAAGUGGGUUAGGUUGAUCCGUGGAUGACAUUCUUCGAAAAGAAGCGAUGGAUAGCUGGUUCAUUACGAAAGCUGCAGCUCAUUACUAAAGUAGCAGAAUAGAGAGCCC